UGAUUACUUGCAUAUCCUUCUCAUACCUUCCCAACAUCUGAUUGCGCACUUUGUUUCUCGAGUGCCUACCUGAACUACACCUGGAUACACCUGAGAGGGUGCCCAAUCCGGAACUUCCGCGCAGGCGCAUGACGCACCAGUGAGGGCAGUGCUGUCAUGGCGGAGUGGAGCUGCAGUUUGAGGUGAAGCAGGAAGAGAUGGGGAGAAAAGGAUAUUAAAAGUCGAUUUGGAUUUCUGUUAUAGUGUACGCUUCUGUGGGACCAACAUGGUUCUUCUUUAGGCAGCAUUAUUAGGAAAGUUGGCUUGUCACUAUACCCUUGUCUUUGUGUCUCGCUUCUGAGGAGUUGCAUUCACCUGUGAGUAAUAGCCGUGGGCACCUUCUGUCAACACUGGAAGAAGGAAACUGAAGAAGAAUACAGGAGUUUGGCAAUUCAAAAAUAGAGCACUGAAUUGGUUCUGAUCUGUUAUUUUCAGAUGGAGGGCAUGUGAACUGCUUAUGGUGUUCUAACAGUAUAGAUAGCAGGAUAUAGUAAUUAGGGCUUCACCUGCUGUUGGCGCGGUAACAUCUGUGACUUAAAAUUUAACUUGGAGAGGAAAUAUAUUACUUUUGCUUGCUUGCCCCUGUGGGAUCUUAGAGGAGUUAUAAGGAUACUGUAGUUCCAGAAGAUCUCUAUUUUCAAGUACACUUGCAAUGUCUACUGAGGACAAAAAAUCGGUCCCGGUGAAGACGGCAGGUGACGGAGGGACUGGGUCUAAAGAAGUUGGUGGGAUGUCCUUGAAUCCUGCACUCCCUAUACGGGGAAUCAGAAUGAAAUUUGCGGUGCUGACGGGUUUGGUGGAAGUUGGGGAGGUUACAAAUCGGGACAUAGUAGAGACAGUUUUUAAUCUGCUUGUAGGGGGCCAGUUUGACCUGGAAAUGAAUUUCAUUAUUCAAGAAGCAGAAGGUAUAACAUGUAUGGUGGAGCUCUUGGACAAAUGUGACAUCACUUGCCAAGCUGAAGUCUGGAGCAUCUUCACAGCAAUUUUAAAGAAAAGCAUCCGUAACCUUCAAGCCUGCACAGAUGUUGGACUUAUUGAACAGGUUCUGAAAAGACUAGAUAAAACUGAUAGCAUGAUAGCAGACUUGCUUGUGGAUAUGCUGGGAGUUCUGACUAGUUAUAGCAUUACAGUUCGUGAGUUGAAGCUUUUCUUUAGUAAACUACAAGGAGAAAAGGGGCAUUGGCCUCCGCAUGCAGUGAAGCUGUUAUCCGUGUUAAAAAACAUGCCACAGAAACAUGGUCCUGAUGCCUUUUUCAGUUUCCCAGGGAAGAGUGCUGCAGCAAUAGCUUUACCUCCUAUAGCCAAAUGGCCGUACCAAAAUGGAUUCACAUUUCAUACCUGGGUGCGAAUGGACCCAAUGAAUAAUAUCAAUGUGGACAAGGAUAAACCAUAUUUGUACUGCUUUCGAACCAGCAAAGGCCUUGGCUAUUCAGCACAUUUUGUUGGAGGGUGUUUGAUAGUCACAUCAUUGAAAUCGAAGGGAAAAGGAUUCCAGCACUGUGUAAAAUAUGACUUUAAACCCCAGAAGUGGUAUAUGGUAAGCAUUGUGCAUAUAUACAACCGUUGGAAGAACAGUGAACUUCGCUGUUACGUGAAUGGAGAGCUGGCAUCUUAUGGCGAGAUAACUUGGCUUGUUAACACCAGUGAUACUUUUGAUAAAUGUUUCCUGGGUUCCUCAGAAACAGCAGAUGCCAAUCGGGUAUUUUGUGGUCAGAUGGGUGCAGUCUACCUCUUCAGUGAAGCCCUCAAUGCAGCUCAGAUUUUUGCCAUCUACCAGUUGGGUCCCGGAUACAAGGGGACUUUUAAGUUUAGGGCAGAAAGUGACCUACUUCUUGCCGAACACCAUAAACUCCUGCUGUAUGAUGGUAAAUUAUCCAGUUGCAUUGCAUUUACGUACAAUCCCAGAGCGACGGAUGCUCAGCUAUGCCUGGAAUCGUCCCCUAAGGAUAGCCCUUCUAUUUUUGUGCACUCUCCUCAUGCCCUGAUGCUUCAGGAUGUGAAGGCUGUUGUAACACAUUCGAUAGGAAGUGCUAUCCAUUCUAUUGGUGGAGUGCAGGUUCUCUUCCCACUGUUUGCUCAGUUGGACUACAAGCAACAUUCAUCUGAUCACAUUGACACUACAGUUUGUUCCACACUUCUGGCAUUUAUAAUGGAGUUGUUGAAAAAUUCUGUUGCUAUGCAAGAGCAAAUGCUGUCCUGCAGGGGCUUCCUUGUGAUUGGAUACAGCCUUGAAAAGUCUUCCAAAGCUCAUGUUACCAGAGCUGUAUUGGAACUUUCACUGGCUUUCACCAAAUACUUGAGCAACUUACAGAAUGGUAUUGCUUUGCUUAAACAGCUUUGCGACCAUGUCCUACUUAACCCAGCAAUAUGGAUUCACAGUGCAGCUAAGCUUCAGUUAAUGCUGUAUACAUAUGUGUCCACGGAUUUCAUUAACACAGUCACAAUAUACAAUGCAGUUCGACGAGUUGGGACAGUUCUGCAGAUAAUGCACACUUUGAAAUAUUACUACUGGGUAGUGAAUCCACAAGACCGCAGCGGAGUUGUUCCUAAAGGACUGGAUGGUCCACGGCCUAAUCACAAAGAAAUCCUUUCUUUGAGAGCAUUUUUGUUGCUGUUUGUAAAGCAGCUUCUGAUGAAGGAUUAUGGAGUAAAGGAAGACGAGUUGCAGGCAAUUCUGAACUACUUGCUCACUAUGCAUGAGGAUGACAAUCUGAUGGAUGUUCUGCAGCUGCUCGUUGCUCUGAUGGCAGAGCACCCCAGUUCGAUGAUCCCUGCGUUUGACCAGAGGAAUGGCAUACAGGUGGUUUACAAAUUGCUUGCAUCCAAAACUGAAGGAAUCAGAGUACAGGCCCUUAAAGUACUGGGUUACUUCCUGAAACAUCUGUCACAGAAGAGGAAAGCUGAAGUCAUGCUUGGACAUGCGCUGUUCUCCCUCCUGGCUGAAAGGUUGAUGCUUCAGACAAAUACACUUACAAUGACUACAUACAAUGUCCUCUUUGAGAUACUGAUAGAACAAAUCAGCACACAGGUGGUACAUAUGCAGCAUCCAGACCCGGAGUCCUCUGUGAAAAUACAAAACCCCCAAAUACUUAAAGUAAUAGCAACUCUGCUACGUAACUCUCAUCAGAGUCCAGAAACCAUGGAAGUCCGCAGAGUCUUCAUCUCCGACAUGAUUAAACUUUUUAAUAACAGCAGAGAAAACAGAAGGAGCUUGUUGCAGUGUUCUGUGUGGCAGGAAUGGAUGCUUUCUUUGUGUUACAUUACUCCUAAGAACUCAGACGAACAGAAGAUAACAGAAAUGGUGUAUGCCAUCUUUAGAAUCUUGUUGUACCACGCCAUCAAGUACGAAUGGGGUGGUUGGCGUGUUUGGGUGGACACACUCUCCAUUACUCAUUCAAAGGUCACCUUUGAACAGCAUAAAGAAAGUCUUUCAAGAAUGUUUCGAGAAUACCAAAGACAGGGAGAAGAAGAAAUGAUGGGACAUGGGCCUUCAAGCCCAAUAAGAACAGUUUCUGGGUUGCAAAGUGCUGUCAGAGAGGUGGUAAGAGCAGAGGGCUUGAAAACAGAGGAGGACAAAGAGUCUACUGCGACUGCUAUAAAUGGUCUAAGCUCUGAAGGUGCAUCUCAAGAUGCAAGUCCAGUACUUGUGUGUGAGGAUAACCAAAAACCUGUCUCAUUAGCAAGUGAGAUAGAGGAGGAGAACGAAGAAGUAUCUGGCUCAGAAGAAAAGCUAGCUUCAGGAGUUGUUGAUCAGAUCAGGAGUGAUGAAGUUUCAGAAGCGCUUAGAGUUGAAACUACUGAAAUUUGUACAGAUGAGACUACAGAUGAAACUCCAACUGCAUCUAUAGGAAGUGGUGACACACCAUCAACACCCUUUGAGCAGGUUAGUCUAGAGGCUUCUAUAAACUUGGAUGAUGCACGGACAGAUGUAAAUGAUGAUGUCCCAAAGGAAGGGGUUGUUUAUUCAGCUGAAGAAUCAUUGGACAACGUGGGUGGGGAGGAACAGAAUAGCAGAGUAGUGAAUGCUGAAAAUUCCUCUACUCUACCAGAAAUUGUGCCUUCAGUAGUUGGGGAGGCAGAAAUAAGUAGUGUGAGAAAUACAGAAAAAUCCUGUUCGGAACAAGAUAGUGUUCCUUCAGUGGAUGAAAAUGUGCAAAGCAGCAGUGUGACAAACAUUGAAAAGUCCUCUUCAGAGCCAGAUAUUGUUCCACCUGAAGUACUUGGGGACUCUUCGAUUUCUGAGUUAGAUAAUGAUAAAAGCUCUGAUACACCAGCAACACAUUCUACCUCUGAAUCAACAGAAGCUGGUUCUGAACCCAAAGAUGAGACCAGUCCAAGUGUUUCAGAGCCUACUAAGCAUGAGGUGUCAGCAGAAAGCAACACCAAUGAAAUGAAGAGUAGUGAUAUUACAUCUGCAGCCAAGAACACCAGUGAAGGUCCAGCAACCUCAGAAACAAGAAUAGCUAAACUUGAUGUUUCCAGUGUUGUCUCUGAUACAGAAAGACUGGAACUAAGAGCUAACACGAAUCAAGAACCCACGCUAAAUCAGGCCUCUUCAUUUGAGGCAGGAAGACAUCCAGUAGAAGCACAGACUGCUGUAGCUGAUGGACAGAGAAAGGAGUCUGCUGGUUCAAGGGCUCCCAUGUUUCGGAUUCCUGAGUAUAAGUGGUCACACAUGCACCAGCGUUUGCUAACGGACUUGCUGUUCUCUAUAGAGACUGAUGUUCAGAUGUGGAGAAGUCAUUCUACCAAAACAGUAAUGGAUUUUGUGAACAGCAGUGAGAAUGUCGUCUUUGUGCACAAUACUAUUCACCUGAUCUCCCAAGUCGUAGACAGUCUGAUCAUGGCCUGUGGUGGGAUCUUGCCUCUUCUUUCUGCUGCUACAUCAAUUACACAUGAACUGGAGAACAUCGAACCAACACAGGGACUCACAAUAGAGGCUUCAGUAACUUUUCUCCAGAGGUUGAUAAGUCUGGUUGAUGUGCUGAUUUUUGCAAGCUCUCUUGGCUUCACUGAGAUAGAAGCUGAGAAAAACAUGGCCUCUGGAGGAAUCUUGCGACAGUGCCUUCGUUUGGUUUGUUGUGUGGCUGUACGAAAUUGCUUGGAAUGUCAGCAACAUUUUCGUGCAAAAUCUGGGGUGGAUAGUAAAAUGGAGCAGAAGACGAUGCAGAGUCUAAUGGGCACUGGGAUAUCUGCGGCAGCUAAGAGCCCUAUUGACAUGGUCACUGGUGGCGUUUCUCCAGUACGUGACUUUGACAGGCUGUUGCAGGACAUGGAUAUUAACCGUCUCCGUGCAGUUGUCUUCAGAGAUGUGGAGGACAGCAAACAAUCCCAGUUUUUGGCUUUAGCAGUUGUGUAUUUUGUAUCUGUUCUCAUGGUGUCAAAGUACAGGGAUAUUUUGGAACCUCAGAAUGACAGACGGCCAUCUCAGCGCAGCCAGACAUUGCGAAGCAUUGAAAAUGGGAAUACAGCACUUGAGACUGUUGCAUCCAUCACCAGUGCUUCAGCAAAACACAGCGAUUCUGAAAGCUCCAUGCUAUCUCAGAGAAGAGAUUCGGGAAUUGAAGAUGAAGUGUGUUCUCUAUCAACUAGUCAUUCAGCUGCUAUAGUAGGAGGAGGUCCAGAAACUGUGAGUGCUGGGCCAGAUGCCAUCAGCGAGGUACUGUCUACUCUCUCCUCAGAGGUAAAAAAGUCUCAAGAUGCAAAAACUGAGGUUGUAACGGAGUCUGAAAAGGCUGCCUCUUCUGCACCUCCAGGAAAAAAUGUGAAUGUAAAGGACAUUCUGAAAAGUCUAGUCAGCUCUUCAGAUGCUGGAAGUGCAGAUCUCGUUGCUGUACCACCUGCCUUCCUUGGAGCUCUUAGUGAUUCUGUGAAUGAACAACAUGCACAGUUCCGUUCCUUUGACAGGAGUGUUGUAGUGCCUCCAAAGAAGUCACUGAGUGUUGGGAGUGUUACUUUGACUACAUCUGUUGUGAGUGCCGUUAACAGUGCUGUCAGUGUCGUUUCUUCAUCAGAUACUGCGCACAGUGCAUCUGACACAUCAGCUGGUAGUGGUGCUUCAAGUGCGCAUCUGCCAUCUGUCCCAACGCUGUCUUCAGUGCCAGAGGACUCUGCUUCCAAUAUGAGUAUUUCAGAAAGGCUUGAAAAUGCAUUAGAAAAAGCUGCACCUCUUCUGAGAGAAAUCUUUGUGGACUUCGCUCCAUUUUUAUCCCGCACUCUUUUGGGCAGCCAUGGGCAAGAGCUGCUCAUAGAAGGUACAAGUCUGGUAUGCAUGAAGUCCAGCAGCUCGGUUGUGGAACUAGUCAUGUUGUUGUGUUCACAGGAGUGGCAGAAUUCCAUUCAGAAGAAUGCUGGACUUGCAUUUAUUGAGUUGGUCAAUGAGGGAAGGUUGUUGUGCCAAACAAUGAAGGAUCAUUUGGUGAGAGUUGCAAAUGAAGCAGAAUUUAUCCUGAGCAGACAAAGAGCAGAGGAUAUUCAUAGGCAUGCUGAUUUUGAGUCUCAGUGUGCACAGUAUUCUGCCGAGAAACGUGAAGAAGAGAAGAUGUGUGAUCACUUGAUACGUGCAGCUAGAUAUCGAGACCAUGUAACAGCAACUCAGCUCAUACAGAAAAUUAUUAAUGUUCUUAGAGACAAGCAUGGAGCUUGGGGAAGUUCUGCAAUAAGUCGUCCUCAUGAGUUCUGGCGCCUUGACUACUGGGAAGAUGACUUACGGCGCCGUCGACGUUUUGUACGUAACCCCCUUGGAUCGACACAUCCUGAAGCUACUCUGAAAGCAGCAGUUGAACAUGCUGUCGAAGAAGACGUUUUGGGUAAAGGGCAACAGGCGAUCAGAACCCAUGCUCUGGGCAACCAGAACUCGGAAAGUGAGCUCCUACUUCAGGAGGGAGAUGAGGAUGCCCUGUCAAUGAAGGAAGAGAAGGACACCGACAGUGUUGCUGCUCCUGUGAGCUUCAGCUCACCAGCACAGCUUGUGUCUCCAGCAGUUGUAGUGAAAGGGACUUUAUCCAUCACAUCCACAGAGCUCUACUUUGAAGUGGAUGAAGAGGAUCUCAGCUUCAAGAAGACUGACCCCAAGAUCCUGGCCUAUACAGAGGGGCUUCAUGGGAAAUGGUUAUUCACUGAGAUUCGAGCCAUCUUCUCCAGACGGUACCUCCUUCAGAAUACUGCAUUAGAGAUCUUUAUGGCAAACAGAGUUGCUGUUAUGUUCAACUUCUCAGAUCCUGCUGUGGUAAAGAAAGUGGUUAACUCCCUGCCACGUGUUGGAGCUGGCACCAAUUUUGGCUUACCUCAGACCAGACGUAUCUCUCUGGCCACUCCACGCCAGCUCUUCAAAGCUUCAAACAUGACACAGAGAUGGCAACGCAGAGAAAUUUCCAACUUUGAAUACCUUAUGUUUCUCAACACUAUAGCUGGUAUUAUGAUCUAUUUUCAGUUUCCCUUUCUUGAAAUCUUUGUCAUUUUUCAUUCCGGACUCGUAUUGAUGUCAUCACUGGAUCAAAGGAUUGGAAACAAAGCUCUGAAAUGCACCUUAGAUCCAUACCUUUAUGGCACGGAGGGCUGGAGUCCUGACUAUGACCUAGGAAACUGGGGCUCGAUUAAUAGCCAUGGCACUGGAGAACACUUGCAGGAGAAAUUAAGGGUCAAUGGCCUUCUCCCCGCCCCUCUCCAGCAAGGGCCUAUCGGAGCACUCAAUCCCAAAAGAGCAGCUUUCUUUUCAGAACGCUAUGAAACAUGGGAGGAUGAUCAGGUUCCAAAGUUCCACUAUGGUACCCAUUACUCAACUGCAAGCUUUGCGCUGAUGUGGUUGGUGCGACUUGAACCCCUCACAUCAUUUUUUUUGAAUCUACACGGCGGAAAGUUUGACCAUGCAGAUCGAGCAUUUUCUUCUAUUGCAAGAUCAUGGCGGAAUUGUCAGCGGGACACAUCUGAUGUUAAGGAGCUGAUUCCUGAAUUUUACUAUCUCCCAGAAAUGUUUGUCAACUAUAAUAAUUAUAAUCUGGGAGUGAUGGAUGAUGGGACAGUUGUGUCUGAUGUGGAACUUCCACCAUGGGCCAAAACACCAGAAGAUUUUGUCCGUAUAAACAGGCUGGCCCUGGAAAGUGAAUUUGUCUCUUGCCAGCUUCAUCAAUGGAUUGACUUGAUUUUUGGCUACAAGCAACAGGGUCCGGAAGCUGUUCGCGCUCUGAAUAUGUUCUACUAUCUUACGUAUGAAGGUGCACUUAAUCUUAAUUCAAUAACAGAUCCUAUCUUCCGGGAGGCCGUUGAAGCUCAGAUCAGAAGUUUUGGUCAAACUCCUUCUCAGCUGCUCAUAGAACCCCAUCCUCCAAGAAGUUCUGCUAUGCAGGUGUAUCUCCUCCUGCAGACUCCGCUGAUGUUCACAGAGCAGGCCCAGCAAGAUGUCAUCAUGGUGCUGAAGUUUCCUUCCAACUCACCUGUCACCCACAUUGCUGCAAAUACCCAGCCUGGACUGGCAGUGCCUUCCAUCAUCACAGUAACCGCAAACAGGCUCUUUGCUGUUAACAAGUGGCAUAGUCUCAGCGGCCAUCAAGCUACUGUUCCAGACCAGUCCUAUGAGCUGCCAGUGGAAAUAGAUCCACUCGUAGCCAAUAAUGUGAGCAUGCACAGGAGACAAAUCACUGACCUCUUGGACCAAAGUAUUCAGAUCCAUUCUCAGUGUUUUGUAAUCACUUCAGACAACCGCUUCAUCCUAGUCUGUGGCUUUUGGGAUAAGAGUUUCCGUGUCUAUUCCACUGACACAGGAAAGCUGACCCAGGUCAUAUUUGGUCACAGGGAUGUGGUCACCUGCUUGGCUCGAUCUGAAUCCUAUAUUGGCGGAGACUGUUAUGUCCUGUCGGGUUCACGUGACGCUACUCUUCUUCUCUGGUACUGGAGUGGGAAGAACAGCAGUGUUGGAGAAAACCCAGCUAGUGAAUUUGCCACACCUCGUGCUAUCUUGACAGGCCAUGACUGUGAGAUUACCUGUGCUGCAGUGUGCGCUGAGCUUGGUCUUGUCAUCAGUGGUUCCAAAGAGGGACCGUGUCUGAUACAUUCUAUGAAUGGAGAUCUUCUGAGGACCCUAGAUGGCCCUGAAAAAUGUGUGCGACCUAGACUAAUCCAAGCAUCUACAGAGGGUCACUGUGUAAUAUACUACGAGAAAGGCUUCCUCUGUGUGUUUAGUGUGAAUGGAAAACUGUUAACCUCCAUGGAGUUAGAAGAUAAUACACGGGCCAUGUUGAUGAGUCGUGAUGGGCAGUACUUGCUCACUGGAGGGGAUGCUGGAGUGGUGAUUGUUUGGCAAGUAUGGGACCUCAAGCAGCUUUUUACAUAUCCAGGCUGUGAUGCUGGAAUCCGCUCUAUGGCCAUGUCACAUGACCAAAGGUGUAUAAUUACAGGCAUGGCCUCUGGAAGUAUAGUGCUGUUCUACAAUGACUUCAACCGUUGGCAUCAUGAAUAUCAAACUCGAUAUUGACAGCAGCAGUGUAAAUCAACCCCAAUGCUCCAUGAGAUUUGCAAUCAUCAUAAAACUAGUUAUUGAAUUUCAGAGUUGCACAUCUGUAUUCUGCCAUUGUUUCUAAAGACUGUUCCAUAUAAAUAACUAUAAUUAAGUUUGAAUGUACCUUUUGAAACUUCUUGCAAAAAGCAAACUAUUUUUAAAGGUAUUUGCUAUUUUUGUAGAUUUUACUGUACUUCAGAUAAAUACUGGAUAAUGUUGGGGGGUAGGGUUGUCUAGUAAAGAAAAACCUAUAUUUUUAGUCUUAAUCAAAACAUCUAUUUUCAUCCCAGUAUGAAAGGUUUGCAGUGCAAUUGUUAGAUACAGUCAUACUAUUUUACAUGCGCGCACACACACACACACACACACACACACACACACACACACACACACACACACACACACACACUACUGUUUGCAGUCUUAUAGCUUUUUAAAUGUUUAGAAAAAUGAUGACUUUCUUAGCUUAGUUAUGUAAUCCCUUUAUGAUCCCAGGUGUCAGAACUCUGUUACCUUUUUCGUAUAGUAUCUAAUAAAAGUACAUCAGAGUUGACAUUCCUGGGAAGAGAAGAAUGAUAAUUUAAUUUUUGAAAAAAAAUGUUUGCAGUUAAUUCACUGAAUGAAUAUUACUGUUUUGGCAUGCUGCUGGUCCUAGAAAAGGGAUGUUUAUAUUGUUUUUGAUGUUUUGUUUGUGCAGUUUAAAACAAAAAAUUCAUAGAUUGCUGGAGCCUGUGUUACAUUAGACUUGUGUGAAUACAUAUGACUACUACUUGUCAAAAUGAGCCCCACCUAUGGAUUCUGCUCGUCUUAUUAUUGCUACAGCACACCAGACUUUGUAUUGCUCCUUGGAAGCAUCCCUAGUGUAGUAUUGUUUUAAUGUCUUACUGAGCCAGUGAAAUUCCUCUCUAUUGCUGGGCUUGUGGCACAAAUAAUUUGAAGCCUGACCUCACAGUGAUGCAGAUUUGCACCUUUUGAAUUCCUUUUUCCUUGCAGAGAUGGCGAACAUCUUUGUAGGUUGUGCAGUGGUUAAUACUGCUUUUGUAAGGAUUGACUGCAUGGUGUGCACUUUAUUUUCACCUGCAGUAAUGCCACAUGUUUGCAGGAUUGCACUAUUCUCUGUGCCCUGAUUUUAUUACACUACUUGCACCUAUAAUCCCUAAACCUAUUGUAUCAUUCUAGACUUGCGUGCUUCAGUAUCGGCCAAAAAUAUACUUUUGUUUUUGUUUAGCAUAUUUAGGGAUCAGUACAUUAUGUUGGUGUAACUGCAUUUUAAUUUUAUGACAUUUUUUUGAAAAUGAUAGUUAAAUGACUGUAUCAUUGUUUGUAAUAUGUGUGAUGCAUCAGUCUCUAUGUUGUGAUCUACAAUGGAUUGUUAAACAUUCCAACUUCCUUGUAAUAUUUUUCCUACGUAGUUUGGAGAUUUGUUUGCUGCCUGCUGAAACAUAUAUCAUGUUUUCAAAAGGAACCACUUUCUGUCUUUUUUCUACUACUGUUAUUUUGGUAAUGGUUUUGAAAUAAGGCAUUUCAUUCUCUGAACUGGAAUUGAAAUAAAGAGCAUUUGUACUGAAAAA